GCCCCUUUAAGGUAGUGCCCCUCCCCUGCCCCCUCCCUGCCAGUGACCCUUGUCCGCCUGCCUGCCUACCCCCCACAGCUGGAACCAAGAAGACUGUGUCCCCCUUCCUCUGGGCGUCCUUCCUGUUUCCUGCUGUCAGGUAAUGCCGACCUCGACCCCCUGGGCCGGUCACCCCAGUCAGACUGUGCUCCCCAACCUUAAGCCAGGUCAGACAUCUGAGGAGGCCCAGAUACUCCUUUCCUCUUCCCACCAGAGCGUCCCCUCUCGUGGUCAUAGAUUCCCAGAGGUCUGGCUCUUACUCUUCUGGGAUGAGGAAGUGCUAAAAACAAUUUCUUCCCCACGCAUCUGGGGUUGCCACUUAUCUGCCUCUUUACCCUCCUCUCCAGCUUAGGGACACCUGGGUCCAACCUUCCCAGGGAAUGUGGGGAUGGGGGUAGGAGAUGAAUGAAACCCGAUGCCAUAUGUAAGGUAGGUGAGGUGGGAGUGUAGGCAGGGAGAGGCUAAGACAGUACCACCUGGGUUGGGGUGUAAAUUAUUUAGAAGAAAAGCCCAGGCCCUGGUUCUCCUUGGCCAUGUGGCUUUUUCAGGGGCAGAGGGUGGCCCCUCCCUACUCAGGGGCCCAGCCAAGACUGACCUUUGACCCCCACCCCAGAGACCAGUGAACCAUUAACUCUUCUCUGAUGUAAGCCUUCCCACACUGGCACCUCCCUGGCCCCGCCCCCAGGCAGGUGGGCUAGGAGUGGGGGCUUGUCCAUCCCAGCCCUCUAUCUGACAUGGCCUCCGAUCUACCUGGGCAGCUGGAGGCUGAGCCUGGCUCCCCUCCACAACCCAGGAACCUCUAAGUGUCCACAGCGAGGCCUCAUGGGGACCUGAGGUGACGGCUCUCACACUGCCAGUUGGGGGGCACGGUCCUCAGAAUGUUCCUGGAGGAGUAGAAGCCGGAACCAGAGCCUCUAACCCUGUCCCCCCGAUAAUGGGGCCCCCAGUGAGUCAUCUGCUGGCUGGCCUGUGUGUGUGGGUGGCCUUGGGCUGGGUAGGGGGCUCAGCCCCCUACCUGGGCCCUGCUGAGCAGGAGCAGAACCAUUACCUGGCCCAGCUGUUUGGCCUGUAUGGGGAGAAUGGGACGCUGACUGCAGGGGGCCUAGCGAGGCUUCUCCACAGCCUGGGGCUAGGCCGAGUUCAGGCCCUCCACCUGGGACACCACGGGCCUCCAGCUGGUCAGGCUACACCCCCAGCUGGAGACAAUUCCACGCACAGGCCCCAGGACCCCGAGCUGAGUGUGGACAUCUGGGCAGGGCUGCCCCUGCAUCCCCCUGGGUGGGGUGACCUGGAGGAGACCGAGGCCCCAGCACCACCCCGUGGGCCAGCCCCAUCGGGCCUGGGCCUCUUUCACAGGCUUCUGCUGCUGGACCAUUCACUGGCUGACCAUCUGAAUGAGGAUUGUCUGAAUGGCUCCCAGCUGCUGGUCAAUUUUGGCUUGAGCCCUGCGGCUCCUCUGACCCCUCGUCAGUUUGCUCUGCUGUGUCCAGCCCUGCUUUAUCAGAUUGACAGCCGUGUCUGCAUCCGGGCCCCAGCUCCAACACCCCCAGGGGAUCUGCUAUCUGCCCUGGUUCAUAGUGCCCUGGCGGUCCUGCUGCUCAGCCUGCCUGCUCCCCUCUCCUUGCUGCUGCUGCGGCUCCUGGGACCUCAUCUGUUGCAGCCCCUGCUGGGCUUCCUGGGGUCCCUGGCCGUGGGCACUCUUUGUGGGGACGCCCUGCUACACCUGCUGCCACAUGCGCAAGGAGGGCAGCAUGCUGGACCUGGCGGGCAGCCAGAGGAGGACCUGGGACCAGGACUGUCGGUGCUUGGUGGUCUCUUUCUUCUCUUCGUCCUGGAGAACAUGCUAGGGCUUUUGCGGCGACGAGGGCUCAAGCCAAGGUGCUGCCAGCGAAAAAGAAAGGAUCUCAGAACUCCAAACCUGGACCCAGAGGAUGGCAGUGGGAUGGUGCUUCGGCCCCUGCAGGCAGUUCCAGAGCCAGGGGCUCAGGGCCAGAGGGAGCAGGACAGCCAGCCCCCAGCAGUCCUGGCCCCUCCUGGGCGCCAAGGCCACAGUCAUGGAUGUCAGGGUAGCGGUGGCACCAAUAUCACGUGGAUGGUCCUCCUGGGGGAUGGUCUGCACAACUUCACUGAUGGGCUGGCCAUAGGCGCUGCCUUCUCUGAUGGCUUCUCCAGUGGCCUCAGCACCACCGUAGCAGUCUUCUGCCACGAGCUGCCCCAUGAACUGGGUGACUUCGCGAUGCUGCUCCAGGCAGGGCUGCCCUUCCGGCGGCUGCUGCUGCUGAGCCUGGUGUCCGGAGUCCUGGGACUGGGGGGUGCAGCCCUGGGGGUGGGGCUCAGUUUGGGCCCUGUCCCCCUCACGCCCUGGGUGUUUGGGGUCACUGCCGGGGUCUUCCUCUACGUGGCCCUUGUGGACAUGCUACCAGCCCUGCUUCGUCCACCUGGGCCCCUCCCUACGCUCCAUGUGCUACUGCAGGGGCUGGGGCUGCUGCUGGGGGGUGGCCUCAUGCUCACCAUAGCCCUGCUGGAGGAGCAGCUGUGGCCUCUGGUCUCUGAUGGCUGAUGGGGGCCAGUGGAAAGGCGUCCAGGUUGCCCUUCCUUCCCCCCAACCACAGGAAUGGAGGCGGGACACAGGGCCAGUAGGAGCAACAGGAUUUUAAUAAACAGAACCCAUCCCAAA